UGAUUAAUAUGUAAUGGGGUUUUUUCGUUUGUUUGUUUGUCAUUUCAGCUUCUUCUAAACUAAGGAACGAAGUCUUGACGCAGACAUGCUGGUUGGAGGAAGAAGCAAAGCUCAGUGUCGGGAAGUGAAUGGAAAUACACCUCACUCAUUGGCAGUGCAAGCCAGAAAGCCAUUAUCCAGAACCAUGGAUUACUUCAACAUGGAACGAAGGAAACAAGAUACUGCUCGAAACACUUUGCUGGACUUUACCAAGGACCAAAGUGCCUGCAAUAUUAGAAUGCGCUGGGAAAAAAACACAGAGAAGAAGAUGGUGUCAGCCACUAUUAAACAGCGUGUCCACAAGGCAAUGGAACAGUAUGAGAUGAGCAUCGACGAGAGGAGGAAAAGGCUGCAUAACCUACUUGAAUCUGAGGAGAGAGAACUGUUGCGAGAGUUGCAGACAAAGAAAAACACCAUACUUGAAAACCAAGCAAGGAUGCGUGAGAGAGCAAAGUUUCUGCAGGAGAAAAGAGAGAGUGAGAGGCAGAAGGUGGUUGCUGAGAAAUUUGAUCAACUCGUCAGAGAGCAGAGUCAGGAGGUGCGAGCUUUUAACACGCGCCGGCAACUGGAAGAGGUCUACACAGAGCGUGCAGCACAGAUCCAAACGCGUCAAGAGGAGCAUCAAAUGCAGCUGGAGGAAGAAAUGAAGUAUGCACAACUUUGGGAAGAAGAUCGUCUGGCCAAAGAGCGAUAUGAGGACCUGCAUGCUCAGAGUCAGAGAGAGAAAAACUUAGAGCAGCUUGCUUUCCUGCACAGUCAGAUGGAGGCUGCAGAGCAACAUAGGUUGCAGGAAAAACAACUAAAAAAUGAAGAGGCUCAGUUAAUGCGAAAUCAGCGGGAGAUAAUGCAUCUGGAAGAGCAGCGGGAGAACAGACUGAAGCUCCAGAAUCAGAAGAAACGGCACAGGCAGCUAGACACCUCACUGCGCCUGAAAAUGAAGCGUCUGGCACGGGAACAGCAGGAGGAUCUGGAGCUGGACAUGAGCAUCCUGGAGCAACUGCUUGCACAGACUGAUAACGAGAAAAAAGAAGAGGCUCUGAGAAAGUUGGAGUUGCGUGAGGAACAGUUAAGGUAUCGGCAAUACCUGGCCCAACAGCUGAAGGAGCAAAAACAGCAAGAAGCAGAGAUGGAGCAGAUGAUCGAGGCUGACCUGCAGCAGACAUGCAACCGCCGAGCGGAGCAAAACCGUCUGGUGAAGGAAGCCAGAGACCGGCUUAUGAAAGACGUCCUGGAUACACGGCAUUUACAAAUUCAGGAAAAGUUACAGAGGAAUGCCCAGAAACAGGCUGAACUGGCUCAGGAGAGAGAUGAGCUGAGUAGAACCAUCCAGGAGAACAAGCUGCUGGACGAACAGGAAAAAAAACGUUUUAGAGAGGCAUGUCAUGAAUAUCAAGCUGAUCUGUUGGCUCAGCUUUUGCACAAGCAGCAGCUGUGUGAUGCCGAGCAGGCCGAGAUUGAUCGGGAGGCCGAAAUGAAUCGACUGAACCAGGAAAAAUAUGAUCAGAAGGUCCAGGAAAUCCUGUCCAGACCAAUGUCACACACCACAGCAGUUCACCCUUUUAGAAAAAGAGGGGCUAAAUCAACAUUUUAACUAAACCUGCUCAAAUGAUUGGAAAUAAUAAUUCUCAGUGAGCUCCUCCUCCAUUAAUAUAUGGUACAGUUAAUAGGCUAAUAAACAGUAUCUAUGAAUUGAGAUUAAGAUGUACAACACAAAAUUAAAACAAAAAAUCUUCCUCUGCUGUGUUAUUUUUGCUCUUGAUUAAACCAAGUUUAGUUUUAAAUCGCCCCAUAGCUUGUACCAUGUCUGACUUGACUGACUAGUUUAUAAUUAAAGCAAAUUAUUUUAAUGUUA